AUGAACAUGCUGGCAGACACGUUUGCAGCCAUGGACAUCUUUCCCACCGAGGUGUUCCCCCUUCUGUUCAUCAUAAUUCUCAUCGUGUGGGUGACGAUGAACAUGCUGGCAGACACCUUUGCAGCCAUGGACAUUUUCCUUAUUGAGGUGCAGCUGCUCGCCAUGGUCGCCAACUUCAACCUCAACUUCCCCGCCUCCUGGGUCAAGACCGUCGUGCUGCUAUACAACAUCGCUGCGUUUGAUCCCGUGAGUUUUCCUGCCGUUGUCACUGACAUCAUCGGGCCAGAGUGCGUGUUCUCCCUGCAGUUCACGGGCAAAUUCUACGCCACCCUUCUCAUCCCCGUUAUAGGCCUCCUCAUUUACGCGCUCGUGUUUGCGCACCACCGCUGGCUGGGCGGCUCAUUCUUCGUGCGCGUGCACUCGUGGCAGCGCAAGGAGCGCCAGCGGCAGCGCCUGGCGCUGCAGCGCUCUGUAACGAAGCGGCGGGCUUAUAACGAGUAUGAGAACUCGAUUGUGCACGCGUCGCUCAAGUGGCUGGACAUUUGCUACACAUCUGUGAUGGUCAAAGUGCUGGAAGUCUUCAAGUCCCAGGACAUCGGCACAGCUACAGUGAUGGCUGCAGCACCGCAGAUUGAGUGGCUGUCAUCAGCCCACGUGGGUAUGCUGGUUACCGCAGUGCUGGUUACGGUGGUGUACCUGGUGGGGCUGCCUCUGUUGUUCGCUGGGGUGUUGGUGGAUGCUCAUACGUGCGAUGUGCUCUCCUCUACGCUCUUCAAGCAGCGCUUUGGCUGGCUCACCGAGCGCUUCCGACCCAAAUUCUGGUGCCCUAUUCUCCAUCAUCGGAUCUCCCAUUCCCUUGCUCUCCCUCCACGGCUGCUUCUCACAGGCCCCUCCAAACACGUUCUUUCUCCUUCCUCUCCACUCCCCCUCUUUUCUUCCCCUUCUCCCCUCCUUCCUCCCCCACUCCCCCUGCCUCUCCCACAGGUGAUCAUAAUCUUGUUAGUUCAGGCCCUCCGCAUAGCCACGCACUACAAGACCGCCCCACUCGCCUCGCUCUCCCUCGAGUACCUGCAGGCCUUCCUCACGCUCGGCCAGUUCUUCUUCACGCUCUCCCUCCUCUCCUACAACUACCUCUCCCUCUCCCUCUUCUCCCAAAUCCUCUUCGGCUUUUCCUCCGCCUUCAUUCUUAUCCCCGCUACAACGCUCCUCGUUUACGACGCGAUAAACAACCAUUUGGAGCUCGCGAACGCGCGCAUGCUACAGCGCGUGUGGCGCGCGGAACGCAAGCGACAAAAAGCCCGAUUCGAUAAAAUGGACCCAUAUGAUCUAGUCCCAGCGCAGGAGAUCUGCUCCUGGUUCCGACCACACAUCAUCUUCGCGACCCUCCUUUCCAAGCGCACCGAGGAACGCACGUUGCUGCUCCGGGUUCGGGACCGGUUCGAGACGUGCCGAUUGGUCGGGUUGGCACCCAUGGAUUGGCUGAAUCAUUUGAAGAAGCCGCAGCUUUAUGCGGUGCUGGCGCAGGCGUUGCUGGGAGCGAGCACUGGGCAUGUGACUGUAGCGAGGGUGCCUAAAGACGGGUGGUUCUGUAGGGAGCAUGGCGUGUGGCAUACGGCUGGGGAGGAUUGUCAGGUAAGGGAGGGGUGUGGAGGUGGAGACAGUGGUUCGGGGGAGAGUGGUGAGGGGUUGGGAGGUGUGGAGAGGGGGGGGGAAGAGGGGAGAGUUGGGAGGAAUGGGUUGGGUCCUCAGGCAGGGGAAGGGGUGGAGAACGGUGGCAAUGGGGUUGAGAGAGGUGGGGAGGCGAGGAGAAACGGUCAGCUAUCUGGAUUAAACGGGCAACAGAGAGAAGAUUCUGCAGGUGAAUCUCAGGUGAAUGCUCAGGUGGACACGCAGCAGCCACUGCUGCAGCAGCAGCAGGUGACAGGGAGGAACACGUGGUAUGAUCUGGAUGAGGCUGACGUGUGGCCACCUCAGCUGGAGAGCCACGUCAGCUGGGCAUCUGCCAGCGUGGCUGCUGCCCCAUUGGAAGGACAGGGGGGAAGAGGAAGAGGCUUGGGAGGAGGGGACGGAAUGGGAGGAGUUGGAGGAGGAGGGAUGAGGGGGGUGAGAGGAGCAGCGUGGGAAGGAUUAGGAGACUUUGACACAGCGAGUAUUGGGAGUGACAGUAGCAGUGAGACUGGCAGCACGCACGGCAGCAGCAGUGGGGGAGUGACCCUCAGAAGCAUGAGCAGUGGAGGAGGGGGGACCAUGGGUGGUGGUGGGGGUGGGGCUGCCGCCUUUGCUGCUGCUGCUAGCAGAGCGGGACUGGGGCUCCGUGUUGGGCUUGUAGCAGCAGCAGGAGCAGGGGGGAUAGGCGGAGCAGGAGCGGCAGUGGGAGGGCCGGUGAUGCGAAGGACACCGUCGAUUCGAGUGCAGAACCUGGUGUCGUGGGAAGAGACCCCCCAUGAAGGCCUGCCGGAGCACGGGGCUGGGGGUGCUGCAGGGAUGGGAGAUGGAGCAGCGGCAGCGGGUGGGGCAGGGGAAGAGGCGGUGGAAGGAGCUGGGGCAGCAGCAGCUGUGGGGGGAGGGGCAGGGACGGAGGCAGGAGCAGGUGGAGGAGGUGAGAACGGAGGAGGAGGCGGAGGGGGAGGGGGUGGGGUGAACCCAGAGGCUGCUGGAAGGAGGCAGCGGAUGGGAGGGUGGUGGGGAAGGGGAGCGCGAGUGAGUGAGAGGGGAGGAGGUACGGGUGCUGGUGCAGGUGCGGGGGAGGCAGGAACUGGAAUGGGGGAAGCCGGGAAGCAGCAGCAGCAGCAGCAGCAGCAGCAGCAGCAGCAGCAGCAGCAGCAGCAGCAGCCCCCACAACAGCAGCAAUACCAGCAGCAGCCGGAGCAGAGGGAGCGAGCGGGUGGCAGUGGGGAGGAGUGUGUGGAAGCGAGGAUGAACAUGGGCGCGCUGAGCCUGGCGUUUCAGAAGCACCUGGCGCUGCUGGUGCGCGCUGAGAGGACCCGCAGCAGCGAGGCCCUGCGCCUGCUCGUGUGCUCCGAGGCCGUGCCCUCCAUCCUUAGCUGGCUCACCAGCGCUGAGAGCACACGGGAGGAUCAGAUGCUGCUGAGGCAGCUGCUGAUGGCCGUGCGAGUGGCGGCAAGUGAGGAGGCGGGGGGGCUGGACUGGUGGAGUGGCGUCAAGUGCUUCUACUCCAAACGAGUCACCUUCAAACGGGACAAAGCAGCCCCUGUGGCUUCGGCUCCCACUCCCACCCCCGCACCUACGAGCGUGUGUCGUCUCAUCACCUCCGUUUUUUCUCCUCCUGUCUUCCCCACCAUCUCCCUCCAGCACCAUUGA